AACGACUGUAAGCUCGCGAGCGAAACGAGCAAUUAGGAGCCUUCAUCACUUUUCCGAAAUAGGAAAUCAGUCACUCGUUCUCAAACAUGUCCAACACAGCAGCUGUGGCCACUCGCCAGACUGUCGAAAGACGAUGACUCUGGAUGAAAUCAACAAGACGCUAUCGCUCGACUACAUGCUUCAACACGAACCAUUCGGCCUGCUACCCGCACAGUAUUUUCCAGAUGAGGAGUCCAACCAUUAUCCUCCCAUUUUCGACUAUGGUUUCGCACUCACGGACGAACAGGCCAGCGACUAUGCUCGUGAGCAAGGGUUAAUACCUGUGGUCAGAGUAGAAUGUUCAGCAGACCAAGACCCAUGGAGCAUCAUUUCCUGGCGCAUAAGUAAUAUCCAUAUUCAACGACGCUUUGGGACUUCGGAUGCCAGGCAGGAGAGUCGAAAUUGUUUUACCAUAUAUCCACAGAGGCGUGGUGUUACUCACGGUCGCAAGGUGCCGUGUUCGCGAAAGAAAGUGAAUAAGCUCCUGGAUAUGAUGAAGCAAGCUUUUAAAAUGCGUCCGACAUGGCACCUGAGUAGGGAGAAUCGUGGACGAUUGCAAGAUAACUAUUACCUGGAUCGUAUUUCACCUAGUCUUCAGUGGGGCAUGGAAGUGCUCUCGAGCCUGCCACAGCGCAAAGAUGAAGCGGCGUCUGAAAUAAUAGAUACCCCCUAGUAUAACCUUAUGCAUGUUCCGAAGAAUAGCUUUGUAUUCUAAAGUAAAAAUCAUCUCUAUACAUUAAAGCCUGGG